UUCAACACGCAAUAAAGACAGGACGAAUAUUCAGGGUUGUUCGAAUACAAGUUUGAUCAUUGUAAAUCGUGACUCAACGCAUGACGCUCUCCUGAUCGCACAAGUUUUGCCAAUUAAUUCACUUUUUAAGGAUAUCGGUCAGCUCUGAUCGGAAUUGGGCCAAUUUGAAAUUAUUUCUGUGUUUCUGGUCUUGAUGACAUAAGAUGUAGACUGCACACAAAUUUGGACGUCUUGCAUGAUAGGAGGAUUCUAGAAAGCCGGCUUAUUUUGUAGCCCAUACAUUUGUGUUGCUGUUGACAAUUUUUGUCUUCUUCUUCUACAAGUCAAUCCCUCUCAGUGCAUCGAUUUUAUCAUGGUAUUAUAUUUAUAUUAGCAUUCAAAUAUGAAGAAGCUGCUCUGCGUACUUUCAAAACUGGAAAUAUUUUAAGCGAAAAUAAUUUGACAGAUUUUGUUAUUAUUUAUGAUCAUUAAUCGAGGAGAAAUUGUGAUAUUGAUACUGCCGUCUGCUUAGUUCAAGGCGACUGGGUUGUCCUAUACUAUUUGGCGUAACAGAAGACUAGAGGACGUCUUUCCAGUAAAGCUACUGUAGCACAGCCAUCUACGCUUCAUACUUUCUUUUGGUAGGCCUGUGGGCUUUUCGUGACUGAAUUUUAAACUUAAAAAUUAUGAAGGAUUUAAGGACAGCACAAGUCUGCUUAUUGCAGACAAUAUUUCUUGGACUCGUUUUGGCGGGAACUGCCCAUUCACAAACCAUUCCUGGGCUUGGAAGCUGGGGUAGGAGUCAGAUCAAUCUAGUCAAUAAUGGAUAUUCAGGGAUCCUAGCAGCCAUAGACCCAACCAUACCGCCAAAUGAUGCACUUAUUCAAACAUUCAAGAAUAUAUUUACCAGUGGUUCAUCGUUUCUCUUCAAUGCAACGAACGGACGAGCUUUCUUUCGAGAUGUUGCCAUCCUCAUCCCAAAGAACUGGCCUCAACUACCCACCCACAAAUUCGCCCCACACACAGCACAGCUCGGUACAGCCAAUCUCUUGGUUAGACCAACGGGGAGUAACCCGGAUAUACCUCCUCAGCCGUUCGUCCGUCAGCCUGGCCGGUGCGGCAAUCCUGGAGAGUAUAUGCAUCUCACAACCGAUUUCUUUACGUCUGAAGACGCAACCCAGUGGGGAGAUCCCGCGAAAGUGAUUGUUCACGAGUGGGGUCAUCUCAGAUGGGGACUCUUUGACGAGUAUCCCUCUCUUCCCACCGACCCUAACUUCUACAUCAACAGCCUCGGCCGACUGCAAGGCAACAAGUGUUCAGAGUCCAUCGUCGGAGUAGCCGUGCCUCCAACAUCUUCCGAUUCUGCUACGCGUGGCGACCUGCAGAGGCGUGGACAAUCAUGGAUCUCAUGCCAAGUACCUGAAGGGGAACUCCCGCCUCACCAGUGCCGCUUCCGGCCCAGCAACAUUGAAAGACAGACUGCUACCGGGUCGAUUAUGUACAGCACCCACAUCCCAUCUAUCAGGAGCUUUUGUCACAGUGAUCCGAACGGUGACCCAUCAUCCCUCCACUCCUCCGAGGCUCCGACGGAACAGAACAGACAAUGCGAAGGUCGAAGUGCGUGGGACAUCAUGCUGAAGUCACCUGAUUUCCUAGGUGGCGCCAACCCUCCGUCCGCCGACAUCGUCGACACGACGCCGACAUUCACGCUGAUUCGUCAGAAGCUGAGGACGGUCAUCGUCAUUGACCAAUCGGCAACCAUGGGUGAUGACGAGGUAUGGCAGGAUGUUGUUCGAAUGACUCAACGCUUCAUCAGCGAGUCUCCGGAGGACAGUCAGGUUGGCAUUGCCUCCUAUUCCAACGCCGGCCGCAAGCCCGUCAUCAGGUCCUAUCUCCAAGACAUGACACCCGAGGGAAAGGCAAACCUCAUGUCGGUCGUCUCCAGGCUUCAGUCACCUCAAACCAGCUCCCAGACCAACCCCUUGCUGGCUCUCCGUCAUGCCUACUAUAAAGUACUACUCAAUAACACUGGGGAAUCAGAAAUGGGAAUCGGAUCAAACAUCCUUCUCUUCAGUGGUUGGCAAGGCAGUUCCACGAGCAUCACCAGAGAAAUCAACAGCUUUCGCGGACAGGGGGUCGAAGUCCAAGCAUCUGAGUAUGGACCACCGUCAUCCGGUCGACAAAGUGUCAACAUCCCGGGUGUUCUGGAGCCGAGUCGGAUAUACGGAUACAUGCCUGGCUCGAAUCCGGUCGAACCACCCGCAAACCCGGUUGAACCACCUGAGCCGGUUUUCCGCGAUCUCUCCAACGAUCCUAGGCUGAUUCAGAUUGUUCGUCGAGACUUUGAAAACGUCAUGCCCCAUCGCAACCUCACAACGCCAGUCUACAUCGAUGGAACAGUCGGUCGGUUAACCACAUUCCGUGUACAAUGGGACCAGAACCCGGUCACGGUGGAGCUUCGCAACCCAAGCGGCCAUGUCUACACACUCAGGUCGACGACUGUGGCCGUUGUCGACACGUCCAGGCAGAAGGCCGACUUCAGGCUUCCUGGUUUGAUUCAGAAAGGAAUCUGGUACGUAAGUAUCAAGAACAUGGAAAUGGAAUACCAAUCGGUCGAACUGGACGUCUACUCGGCCGCUGCCGAUCCUACCCAACUCCCUAUCCGAGCUAGGCCCCUCGUCAUGCAGCAAGAGAUCGACAUCAAUAUCGAACCCGUGCUAGUCCUCCACGGCGAGGUCAAGCAAGGGGAGAUGCCCGUGGUCGGAGCAACCGUCAUCGUCUCCGUCGAUCGUCCAAAUUCAUAUCCGAUCCGGGUCACACUGAGGGAUAGUGGAAUCGGUGCCGAUGUGAGAAAGAAUGAUGGCAUCUAUUCGGCUUACUUUACCGAUUUCACGGAGGAAGGCAACUAUCAGCUGGACAUGAGCGCCGUUGGGGACAACACGGCCUCUAAGCAGAGACAACCCUGGAUGUCCAGUGGAGUUCAGCCUGCUGAUUGGGAUGCCGUAGAGCAGCCGCCAGCCAUCGUAACCAUCGACCCGUUCAUGAGAGCUCCUCCCGAGGCGCAUGUCGAGGUGACAGGUGAUGUGGCAUCGUUGAUGAGAGUAGAUAACUUUCCACCAGCCCGUAUCAGUGAUCUUGAGGUAUUAGGGUUUGAUACCGACGCAGGCACGGCGAGGCUCCGGUGGACAGCCAUGGGAGAUAACUAUGAAACAGGAAUGGCUUCCCAAUACGAGAUCCGAUACAGCGACAAUGCCAACUUGUUAGCUAGUUCCUACUACUCCGGUACCGUCCUCCCACAAGCCCUCGUUCUAGAUGGCAACCUAAUGGUCGCCAAGCUGAGUUUCCAAACUGAGAUUAUGACUGUCCGUCUUCCUCCAAACGCCUGCAAUCCAGUCUGCGGAAUCCGUCUCCUGGCCCUGGAUGAUGUCGGCAACCGGGGCAAACCAUCAAACAUGGUGACGGUAGUCAUAUCUGCAGGGCCGCCGACCACUGGGCAGACGGUCACAACGUUCUAUGAUGUCACGGUCGGAACGGGUGUCGAUGGUGGUUUUGGGGGUGGUAGAGGUGGUGGUGGAGGUGGUAGAGGUGGUGGUGGAGGUAACGGUGCUGGUGGUGGUGGUGGUGGUGGUGGUGGUGGAGCACGGCCCGCUGACCCUCGUAUGCCGACGACAUCGGGACCUUUUGCCUUCACGCCAGGAAUCAUGGACCCAAGUCAACCUGGUUUAUUCCCCACGUCCGGAACCGGCGGCGGUAGUGACGCAAACACGACGAAAGUACCCGGGGCUCCACCACGGGGGCUCAAGCCCCAAAGAAAGAGAAAAUCCACGAUCAUCGCUGCUAUCGCAGUGGUUGUCGUUCUUCUAUUCAUUACUGCUAUUGUGAUAUACUCGGUUAUCAGGCACAGAGUUCUUACAAAGCGAAAUCGAAAUCGAGAUCAGUGGGCGAAUCCAAUGGACGCCGAGGCUGACCCGGAGACAGACAAGCCCAGAAAGAAACGAUCCAAAGGAAAAGUGAACGAUGCAUUAGUACUUGAAGACAUGUAACAUCUAGCUGCCUUUAUGAUGAACGAUUUGAAAAGACAAUUGUUGUUCAGAUAAUAUAUUACAAGUAUAUAAUUGUUAUAUUCUGUCCAAAAGGAUUUAACCGAAGCAGUGGAAGAAAAUGCAUCACUAUCAUAGUUAAACUCCGUCUGCAAAGAAAAUAAUGCAUAGGGAUAACAAUGACACUGGAUACUUGUAUGGUGCUCAUAUCCAGCACGCAAGCUCAAGGGAGUCCAAUAUUACCCCGGCUUUAGCUACGCAACCAAUUCUGGUGUUCACAGCAUUUAGAUAAUUCGUUCCUAUAUGUACCCAUUAUACCUGACUAAAGUGUAUGGGUUAAGAGUGGCAUAUUACAUAAUGAUGUCUCAAAACGUUAUCUUUGUUACGGUUGUACUUCUCUGAUUAUUGAGCCCCUUUAAUUACUCCUCAAGGAUUGCAAUCAAUUGGUAAAGAGUAGUCAUUGUACCAGCUAUCCAAAACUCACUUAGAGUUUGGGGAAGUGGUAACACGAGAAAUUUGUUACCGAACACGAUAUAGUUUUGAUUGUUUUAAUUUUUAAAAAGCAACACUGUUCUUAGAUUUUGUGCAGGAGCGGAUUCAGGCUCGUGCUUCAGCAACCCAUAUAUGUGUCUGUGCCCCUCCCCACACACACCUUAUGCGGAGGGGGGGGGGUUCCGCCUGUGGAUUGG